AUGCCUCACUUUGAAAACACCAUGAUCAACCUUCCCAACCCCUCCAGCGGUGCAGGGGAAAUACCCCCUUUUAAGGACCCAGGGUAUAAUUUCUCAGGGAAAAUUCCCCCGUAUGACGAGGCAAUGCUGGAGCCGUUCCGGCUGUCUGGGGAGAUUCUUGCUGACGUGGCAGCGGCAUUUGACCAUGCCAGGUCAACGUUUGCAUGUGUGGAGUCCACGUGCCCCACAGAUACCACCUUCACUUCUGCUGCUUCAGCCUUCCCUGGUGCUGCUGUCUCACCUGCUGCCGUCUCACCUGCUGCUGUCUCACCUACUGCUGUCUCCCCCCCACAUGAACGUAGCUGCCUGUCCGCCCUGCUACAGCCGGCAGCAGCCUCGGAACUAUCCGAACCUCUCCCCCUGUCCGCACCUCUUCCCCUGUCCGCACCUCUCCCCCCAUCCGCACCUCUCCCCCCAUCCGCACCUCCCCCCCCAUUAACACCUCUCCCCUCAUCCGCGCCUCACCCAGCAUCAGCACCCGCAGAAGCAGUACCCUUCUCGCCCAAUAGCCCAGCCGCUCCACACCUCUCUCAACCGCUUCGUCUUGCCCACACUCCACCUGGCAGGUGGGGACAACCCACUCUGCCCGACCCGUGCCGGCCCGGUCUUGAAGAGUUUGCGAGGGCUGUGAGGGAGGGGGAGGGGGGCGGAAGGGGUGGUAUGCUCACCUGCAAGGAGCAGCAAUUCUCUGUGAAUGGAGGGGGGGUGGUAUCAACAGCCCGUCCUCCCCAGGGUCUUGAGGAGUUUGCAAGGGCUGUGAGGGAGGAAGGGGGCGGAAGGGGUGGUAUGCCCACCUGCAAGGAGCAGCAAUUCUCUGUGAAUGGAGGGGGGGUGGUAUCCACAGCCCGUCCUCCCCAGGGUCUUGAGGAGUUUGCAAGGGCUGUGAGGGAGGAAGGGGGCGGAAGGGGUGGUAUGCCCACCUGCAAGGAGCAGCAAUUCUCUGUGAAUGGAGGGGGGGUGGUAUCAACAGCCCGUCCUCCCCAGGGUCUUGAGGAGUUUGCAAGGGCUGUGAGGGAGGAAGGGGGCGGAAGGGGUGGUAUGCCCACCUGCAAGGAGCAGCAAUUCUCUGUGAAUGGAGGGGGGGUGGUAUCCACAGCCCGUCCUCCCCAGGGUCUUGAGGAGUUUGCAAGGGCUGUGAGGGAGGAAGGGGGCGGAAGGGGUGGUAUGCCCACCUGCAAGGAGCAGCAAUUCUCUGUGAAUGGAGGGGGGGUGGUAUCAACAGCCCGUCCUCCCCAGGGUCUUGAGGAGUUUGCAAGGGCUGUGAGGGAGGAAGGGGGCGGAAGGGGUGGUAUGCCCACCUGCAAGGAGCAGCAAUUCUCUGUGAAUGGAGGGGGGGUGGUAUCCACAGCCCCUCCUCCCCAGGGUCUUGAGGAGUUUGCAAGGGCUGUGAGGGAGGGGGAGGGGGGCGGAAGUGAUAGCAUGCUCACCUGCAAGGAACAUCCAGGGAGGGUGGCAUUCACAGCACCUCCUCUCCAGGGUCUUGAGGAGUUUGCCAGGGCUGUGAGGGAGCGGAUUGCCAUGGGGGGUGGGAUGGUUGGAGAGGGGAGUGUGGGAGAUGGGAGUGUGGGGGGUGGGAGUGUGGAAGGUGGGAGUGUGGGAGGGGGGAGUGUGGGAGGUGGGAGUGUGGGAGGAGGGAUUGUGGGAGGUGGGAGUGUGGGAGGAGGGGUUGUGGGAGGAGGGAGUGUGGGGGUUGUUAGUGUGGGAGGUGUGACUACCGGUUGUGUGACUGUAACGCAGCCUAGCUCUGGUGCUGUUGGCUGUGAGCAGGCUGCUGUUGCUGAGGGGAAAGAACUGGAAAGGAGUGGGAGCAAGGAGACAGGCGUGAAAGGGGUUCCCGUGAGGAGGAGACGCAAUCGUAUCAGAUCUGAGCGAUCUCGCCGCAAGCGAGUGAGUGAUGCAGUGGAAACCCUUCGGUUGCUGGUCCCUGCUCCGGUGUCGGCUCCAACCGACAUGGCAUCCGUGCUAGAAGCCACAGCAGCAUACAUCCGAGAAUUGCAGGUCGGCAAGGCGUUCGCGUCGCAGUACUAUACCGUGAUGCACACGCAACCGCACGACGUGCACAAGUUCUACGUCGACGAGAGCAAAUUCACGCGCGCCGAGCGCCUCGGCAUUCCCGGGGAAACCGUGACGACCAUGCAGGGUAUCCACACCAAGGUGAUGUCAUUGGAUUCAUGCGAAGUCAAGGCGGAAAUCAAAUCCGUGGACUGCCAGGAAUCUCUCUCCGGCGGCGUUCUCGUGGUGGUAACCGGCGCGCACUGUUACAGCAGCAGCGAGCGACGCGGCUUCGUCCAGAGCUUCUUCCUCGCGCCGCAGCAGAACGGCUUCUACGUCCUUAACGACAUCUUCCGGUUUCUAGAGGACGCGCCGCCGCCGCAGCCGCCCGCCGUAGUUAAACACGCCGUCGGCGGGGGGACCAAGUCGGCCGCGUCUGCCGUUGGAUCAGCUACAGCUGCCGCUGCCGGGAGUGGGUCUCAGGCAGGUUUGGUGAACGGGCACGCGGCGGAUCAAGCUGCAGGGUCCCGGGAGGUUACAUCUGUGGAUCAUGCGGUGCGAGAUGUAACGGUCGACGAGGCGUCUCAAGCGUCCGCGCCUGCCGCCGCCCCCAGCGCCGCAGCCGGCGGAGCCGGGGCUCCCCCGGCCGCGGACGACGGCGCAGCGGGGGAGGAAGUGCAGGUGAUUCGGGAAGUGCCUGAGUCGGUCGUUUCCGUGAAUCAGGGCCAAGGGCAGGGUCAAGGGGCGGGAGCGGGAGCCGCCGCAGCAGCGGCGGAAGGGGAGAAGGCGGAACCUUCGGUUGCGUCUUCCGCCCCAGUUUCCGCGCCUGCUGUCCUUCUGAGACUCCCUUACGCCUCCAUCAUGACCAACCCGUCCAACCCUUUCUUGAGCCUCACUUCCCCGCCCCACACACCCCUCCCCCAUCCCACUCUACAGCUGCAAGCCAUGCGCGCGCAAUCCGCAGCUGCCUCACCCGCGGGCGCCUCCGCGGGCGCAGCUUCCGCGCCUGCCUCCGCCACUCCCCCCGCAGCUGCGCCUCUGGGGGCGGUUGCGCACAGGCAGCCGCCGCUGCUCCCUGCCGCAGCAGUUGGGGGCGCUGGGGCGUUUGGGGCGCAAGAGGCAGCACCUUCUGGGGCAGCAGCUGGGUUCUCUGCUGGUUUGCUGGCCCCUGCUCCUGGGUUCGCUGCUGCUGGUGGUGCUGCUGGGGCUGGAGAGGAUACCAAUGCUGCUGACGACGCUGCAGGGGAGGGGCGCGCUGUGUUUGUGCGCAACCUGCCAGUGCGCAUAACUGCCAAGGAGAUUGCAGAGCACUUCAGCCAGUUUGGAGCAGUGAAAGCAGAUCGUAUCCAAAUUCGGGGUAACAAGGCCAACAACCCUGCCACUGUGUACGCGUUUGUGGAGUUUGAAGAACCUGCAGCAGCACAAGCAGCAGUAGAGAAACAAACGAUCAUGGUGGGGAAUUUCCAGGUGAAGAUCGAGGAGAAGAAGGCUACAAGCGCCGGCCGAGGCUCAUAUCGUCGUACAGGAGGCGGUCGGGGUGGCUCGGAUCGCCAAUUCCGCGACGGCAGCAGCAACUUUGGUGGUGGUGGUGCUGCUGCUGCUAGCGCUGGCCUUGUGGGGCUGGGCAGGGGGGGUGGUCGUCAAGUGGAGGGGGGAGGGGGAGAAGAGGGGGACAGGGACGGACAGGAGGGAGUAGAGGAGGGGGGCAAGGAGGGGGGGUUGCAGUGGUGGCUCCGUCGUAAGGGCGUGCCUGGGUUGUCGUAA